AUGUCUCACGACAAGCAGUUCACUCUCCACACCACUUUCGCGGCCCCACUGACGGCUGCUCCCCCAAACAGGAAGGUGGCCAUGGUGCUCGAAGAGCUCGGCCUCACCUGGCCUCACCUAGGAGUCCAAGUACGACACCGAACCGUCACCGACGAUGGCGACCGCUACAAGAUGAUCCAGUGGCUCUUCUUCCAGGCCUCCGGCCAGGGCCCGUACUUCGGCCAGGCGUUCUGGUUCUCGCACCUGCACGCGGAGAAGCUCCCGAGCGCGAUCGAGCGCCACGUGAACGAGACGAAGCACAUCUUCGGCGUGCUCGACGGCGUGCUCGCGACGCAGGAGUGGCUCGUCGCGAGGCGGCAAGUGCACGGUCGCGGACACGACGUCGACGUCGAGAAGGAGUACCCGGCGUUCUUUGCGUGGCACCAGAAGCUGGUCGCUCGUCCUUCGAUCGCGAAGACUCUCGAGGAACAGGCGAAGAUGCUCAGCGCAUGGGCCCGGCAUGUGGUUCAUACGCAGGAGCGGAAUAGCGGAAUGGCACGUCCGGGGAGCUCGGGCGAGCUCAAGCUCUCCUCUCUCCUCGCCGCCACCGCCCUCAUCACCACCGGAGUCCACGCCGGCCCCGCCCUCUACGGCGUCUGCCAGACCGGCUGCAACGCCGUCACCGUCGCCUGCUAUGCCGGCGCGGGCUUCACUUUCGGCACCGUCGUCGGCGCGGGCGCCCCCCAAGCCGUCGCCGCCUGCAGCGCUGCGCAGGGCAAGUGCUCGUCGGCUUGCGCCGCCGUCACGCUCUUCGCCCCAACCCCGUAG